AUGGAGGAAACAAAUUCAAAUAGUGUAGAGUUCGGAAUGGGAGAAUCAAGUGUUAUUGGAAUUGAAACUGCGACCAAUUCUGUAAAUGCUCCUAAACCACUACUAGGAAUGAAGUUUAAUAGUCAUGAAGAAGCUUAUAACUAUUAUAACUCUUAUAAAUUGUUGAUGGGUUUUGGAAUAAGGAAGAGCAGUGUGAAUUACUCUCGCAAGACUAGAGAAGUGGUAGACAGAAAGUUUGUUUGUGAUAAGGAGGGCUAUAAAUCUAAUAGUGGCAAGAUAGAGAUCCCUCUUCGGCGAGAGACCCGAGUGGGAUGUAAGGCAAUGAUGCGAGUUAAAUUAUUGGAGGACAAAUCGUGGGAGGUCACGGGGUUUGUUGAAGAACAUACAAAUUAUGUGUUGAGUAGUCCAGACAAAGCAAAAAUGCACAGAUCACAUCAACAAUUUUAUAAAACUGAAAGAUGUAAAAAACUUAUUGAUAGUCUGCGAGAAGAAGGUAUGCCUCCUUCCACUAUUUCUCGCGUUAUCAAUGCAACCAAUGGAAGAGACGGUGAAUUUGUGACAUCACAACAGUGCAUUGAUCAUAUCAGAACCCAAAGAGUCAACAAUAUUGGUCAUGAAUGCAUAUCUAUCAUUCGACAUUUUCAGAGUAUGACAGCGAAUGAUCCAGAAUUUUAUUUUGCAAUAGAAGUAGACAGUAGUGGACAAAUGAGGAGUGUAUUCUGGGCCGACAGAAGAUCGAGAGCAUCUUAUUUGCAAUUCAGUGAUGUUAUUGUGUUUGAUGUGACAUACAGAACUAAUAAGUUCGGUCUUCCAUUUGCUCCAUUUACUGGUGUAAAUCACCAUACGCAGUCCACUUUACUUGGUUGUGCAUUAUUAGCCGAUGAACAGGAAGAUACCUUUGUUUGGUUAUUUGAAGAAUGGCUGAAAUGCAUGCACGGUAUUGAACCAGGUGCUAUUAUAACAGAUCAGGAUAGAGCAACGUGUAAUGCUAUUCACUCAGUGUUUCCAACGACAAGACAUCGUUAUUGCUAUUGGCACAUGCAAAAGCAUAUUAUUGAUCAUUUGCCUACUUUGGUAUCUCGUUAUGGUGAACAGUUUCAAAGGUAUUGGGGCUUGUGGUGCAAUAGUUCUUCAAUUGAACAAUGUGAAGGAUAUUGGGUUGAGAUGAAAGAGAAGUUUGAUAUAAAUGAAGAAGGGGAGGGAUGGUUGCAAACAAUUUACAAAUGCAGAGAACACUGGGUGUCGUGUUAUCUGAAGGACACUUUUUUUGCUGGAAUGAGAUCGAGCCAAAGGAGUGAAAGUAUUAAUGCAUUUUUUGAUGGGUAUGUUAACUCACAGACUCAGUUACACGAGUUUGUGACACAAUAUGAAAAAGCAGUAACUCAUCGUCGCUUAAGUGAAGCCCAUGAAGAUUUUAAGAGUCUGAACACAAAGCCUGUCAUGCUCCUUGGACAUCCAAUUGAGGUCCAAGCUGGAGAAAUGUAUACACGCAAUAUGUUUGAUGUGUUCCAUACUGAAUUCAAAGGAUUUGGUACAGAGUUCUGUGAAGAAUUGAGAAAAGAUGGGGACAUUGUUGAAUACAAGGUCUGUAAGUUUACAGAUAGAGGAAAAUGGGAGGUGGUUACUUAUGAACAAUCCAGUCAGAUGCAGUUCUGUUGCACUUGUGCUUUGUUUGAAACUAAUGGUGUUGUAUGUAGACAUAUAUUAUCGCUAAUGAUGGCUAGGCAAAUGGAUUCAUUACCCGACCACUACAUCCUACACCGUUGGACCAUACAUGCAAGGCAUCGUAACAUUGGGGUUGGCAAUAUUGUAUUUGGAAGAAACAUCACCAGCUGUGAAGAGAAGAUUAAUUUAUUGAAAUCUUGGGCUUUAAGAGCAAAAUUCAAUAAUGUGCUCGAGCUUGCAUUUGAUUCAGAAGAGAAGCUGCAACAACUUGAUGAUGUGCUAACAAAUUUCAUGGAAUCACUUGAAGAAGAAGUUGGAGAAACUCAAGAUCAAAUUAUGGAUAUUCCUCAACCUUCCGCACCCAUUUCACAUACAAUAGAGAACAUUCCUCAGAUAACAGUUCGUGAUCCUGAUAGACCUGCAAGGACUAAAGGUCGUCCACGCAAUGCUACUAGAAUCCAGUCAGGUUUAGAACAGGCACAAGAAAAGAAAGAAAGGAAGAAACACAUAUGUAGCAGAUGUGUUCUUGUAGUAACUUUCAUUUAUGCAGUUCUUGUAGUAACUUUCAUUUAUGCUGAUGUAAACAUUCAUAUCUACAAACCAUCCAUGUCCAUUUAUGCUGCUGGUGCUGAAUGCAUCUGA